GUUUUAUUCCAAGUUGCCCCUCGUCGAAAUUACCCCACUAGCGAAUUAUAGCCCCACCAAAAUAUUGACAGCUUCGAAAAGCUCCAUGCAAUCAAUUCUUAACACCUACAUCGUCGUCACCAUCACCAGAUGCACUGCAGGUUGUAGGGCACAGAUCACGUCACAAACCUCCAGCUACUUCCCAUCUCUAGUAGUGGGCAAGUCACUCGUCUCAACAGGCGUUAGGCUCGUCUAUCGCUUCUUGGGCAUUGUUUCUAAUAGCCUUGGCGUAUUUAUGCCUCUAUUCUCACAUUACUUUAAAAAAAAAAUAGAUCGUCUAUUAACCUCGACCUCUAUCUACGCGACCUCAAUUUGAACCUUCCGAUCACGCGCAAUAUACCAAAACAUCCAUACCCCACCACGUUCCGAGUCGCCUUGAUUCAUCAUGGCCGAGCCUGCGAAAGAUGAAUCUCGGCUUCAGGAGAAUGCCUACGAUGUCGAGGUCCAGUUCAAUGAUCUUCAGAAAGACACUGACAACCCUCUUGGAUCCGUGCAUACAUUCGAAGACCUAGGAUUACCCAGCGAAGUUCUUCGCGCACUAGCCGCCUUGCGCUUCUCGAAGCCGUCUAAGGUUCAAGAGAAAGCGCUUCCGCUGAUGCUUUCUAACCCUCCUCAGAAUAUGAUCGCUCAAUCUCAGUCUGGAACCGGCAAGACGGCAGCUUUCGUCACCACCGUCCUAUCUCGCGUCGAUCAUUCUAAGCCUAACCAACCUCAGGCGCUUCUCCUCGCCCCGAGCCGUGAAUUAGCCCGCCAGAUUCAGAGCGUGGUCACCUCAAUCGGACAGUUCUUGACCAACUUAGCCGUGGCAGCCGCUAUUCCCGGUUCUAUUCCUAAGGACAGUCGCGUUGAUAAGAGCGUCGUGGUUGGUACCCCGGGAACCGUCAUGGACCUGAUCCGAAAGCGCCAGUUCGAUGUAUCCCAGUUGCGAGUUCUCGUUAUUGACGAGGCCGACAACAUGCUGGACCAGCAAGGCUUAGGCGAGCAGUGCGCCCGAGUCAAGAGCAUGCUGCCUAAGGAUAUCCAGAUUCUCCUAUUCUCCGCCACUUUUCCCGACAAGGUUAUGAAAUACGCAACCGUAUUCGCGCCGAAUGCCAACAUGAUUAAACUGAGGAAGCAGGAACUCACAGUUAAGGGCAUUUCGCAGAUGUAUAUGGAUUGCCCCUCGGAGUCGGACAAGUACGACAUUCUCUGCAAGCUAUACGGCUUGAUGAAUAUCGGAUCUUCUAUCAUCUUCGUCAAGACCCGAGACAGCGCCACCCAAAUACAGCAGAGGAUGACAAACGAUGGUCACAAAGUCUCUGUUCUGCACGGAGCUUACGAAGGAGCUGAGAGAGAUACGUUGUUGGAAGAUUUCCGUAGUGGAAAGUCCAAGGUGUUGAUCACUACCAAUGUGCUCGCUCGCGGAAUAGACGUGUCUACGGUGUCGAUGGUUAUCAACUAUGACAUUCCGAUGAAGGGAAUGGGAGACGCCAUGCACGACACGGAAACUUAUCUCCACCGCAUUGGACGGACUGGUCGAUUCGGCCGUGUUGGCGUCAGUAUUACAUUUAUCUCUGACAAGAAGAGCUUCGAUGCUCUCAGGGCCAUUGCACAGGACCUCGAGAUUGACCUUGUGGCACUGAAGCCGGAUGACUGGGAUGAGACGGAAAAACUAGUCCAGAGAGUUAUCAAGUCGAGCCGAGCUCAACCAGAUUUCGUCCCAAGCGGAAAUACUGUCUAAACCAGGUUCACUGGUAUGAAAGGGGCUAGGCUUCGCACGCUAAAUUUACAUGUGCGAAGAUAUUGAUGACAACGGGUCAUAUCACGGGAUGCGAUGCGAGUUUACUGGACCGAGCUGUUGGCACUUUGUUCUUGCUCGGAAAUG